ACCACUCACAGACCGCUUUCAGAUAAAUUUUACAGCACUGAACAAACUAGUUUUCAUCUAUUUAUCUCUUCGUCUUCUGUCGGAUGGCGUGGAAGAAUAUCUAAUCCUACCAUCUGCUUGGUAUUACCUCAAGAAUCUUGGAGAGACAAAUGAAUUUCUUGGUUUGACCCUAGCUGCGUAUUCAGCAGGAACGUUGGUGUUUGCACCAUUUAUCGGAUUUCUGGCAGUUAAAUGUCAAGCAUCAAAGUCUCUCGCUGUCAUGUGUGGUUUAGUGAAGUUAUUUGGUAAUGCUCUGUACUCGAUACCCGUCAAUGGAUAUUUCCCUUUAUUUGGGAGAUUUAUAAGUGGUAUAGGUGAAGGAACAGUGGGAAUGCUCUAUGGAGCCUUGAUUAAAACAGCUAGAAACAAAGUAAAUAUUGAACUAAGAAGUGCCAAAAAAGAUUAUUAUUCUUCGAAAAUAGCUGGUCAAAAAAUUAAUCCCAAGAAAGCUUGGAAAAGUAUAAACAACUUGUUAGGUAGGCAAAACAAACCAACAGUGGUAAAUGAACUAAAUGUUGGUGAACAAAAUCUGACAAGUCCUGAAGAUAUUGCAGAGGGCUUUAAUGAAUAUUUUUCAAAUAUUGGCCCAGAUCUAGCUAGAAAAAUAGAUUAUUCCAAUUCCAAUUUUGAAACCUAUGUCAAAAAUGCUCAAUCAGAAUUUGCGGCUUUCCAACCUGUUACUGUCAGUCAUGUCUCUCAUCUUUUGCAUGGACUUUCCAACAAUAAAGCCACUGGUAUUGAUAAAAUCUCUUCCAAAAUUAUUAAAUUAGCUGCACCUGUUAUCUCAGAUUCACUGACACUUAUUUUCAAUCAGGCUAUUACUUUAUCUUCUUUUCCUGAUGAAUGGAAGGUUGCUAGAGUGAUGCCUCUAUAUAAAAAUGGCCAGCGUAGUAUUCCUGGAAACUACAGACCAAUAUCAGUUUUACCAGCCAUUAGUAAAAUUAUGGAACGGAUAUUGUAUGAUCAACUGUAUAACUAUUUAACAAAAUUUGAGCUUCUCAGUGAUUCCCAAUUUGGAUUUCGAAAAUUUCACUCUACAGCUAGUGCACUACUAGACUGUACUAAUGAUUGGCAUGUAAAUCUAGACAGAAAAAUGUUUAACCUAGUAGUUUUAAUUGAUUUGAAGAAAGCCUUUGAUACUGUUGAUCAUCAAAUUCUGCUGAACAAAUUAGAGCUCUAUGGAAUAAAAGGACAAGCUCUAACUUUGCUCAAAUCCUAUCUCACAAACAGAAACCAGAAGUGCCAAAUACAAAACUCAUUUUCAUCUGAGCGCUUGAUUAAAUGUGGUGUACCAUAA